AUGGGCGUGGCCAACGAAUAUGGAUAUUUAGGUUCAAUUAAAUCAAUACCAAUUAAUUCAACUAAUUCUUUAAUUAUUUAUUAUUCAUCAAAUGGAAUUAAUCAACUUAUUGAACAAUGGGGGAAAACAAUGCAGAAAGCAUUUCAGAGAACAAAUCAAUAUCGUUUAAAUGAUUUAACUAUUAAUUAUCUUGGUUAUUAUACAGAUAAUGGAGCUUAUUACUAUUAUCAUAGUGAACCGAAUAUGAAUUAUGAACAAACAAUAAUUAAAAUAAAAGAAAAUUUAUCAAUUCCAAUUCAUUAUAUUCAAUUAGAUUCUUGGUGGUAUUAUAAAAGUUUAGGUGGUGGUGUUAAAGAAUGGGUUGCUCGUCCGGAUAUAUUUCCAGAUGGUCUUAAAGGAUUAAAUGAAAAAUUAAAUAAUUUUCCAUUAUCAUUACAUAAUCGAUAUUGGUCAUCCGAUACAAUUUAUUCAAAUAAAUAUAAUUUUAUAAUUGAUAAUUCAAAUUUGAAAAGUCUUCCAUUAGGUAAUGAUUCAUUUUGGAUUGAUUUAUUUAAUAAAUCAACAAAAAAUUUUAAUUUAAUAUUAUAUGAACAAGAUUGGAUGAAUCAUCAAACAAUUGAUUUUAUUCCAACACGUCAAGAUUUUUAUCUUGGAAGACAAUGGUUAAUAUCAAUGGGUUAUGCAGCUAAUCUAUUUAAUAUAAAUAUACAAUAUUCAAUGUGUUUACCACGACAUGCUCUUCAAGCUUUUGAAAUAAAUCGUGUUACACAAGCAAGAGUAUCUGAUGAUUAUUAUGUACAUGUUGUAAAAAAUAUUCCUCAAUGGAAUAUAGGUAUAUCAUCAAUGUUAGCUAAUGCUAUAGGAAUAGCUCCAUUUAAAGAUGUUUUUUGGUCAACACAAUAUCAACCUGAUGCUCCUUAUAAAUCUACAGUUGAAGAAAUCUUACCUGAUAGAGAAAUUUUAAUAUCAACACUUUCAACUGGACCAGUUGCUCUUGGUGAUGGAAUUAAUUAUGUUGAUAGACAACGUAUAAUGAAAUGUUGUCGUCAAGAUGGUCUGAUAUUAAAACCUUCAAAACCUUUAACUAUGAUUGAUUUAUUAAUUAAUGACUGGGCUCUUCAUCAAGGUAUUAUACAAGGAGAACUUUAUUCAACGAAAACAAUUAUAAAUGAUAAAAUAUUUUCAAUAAUAUUUGCAUCAUCAAUGCGACGUAGUUAUUCAAUAAAACCAUCAAUGAUUGGAUCACCUGAUGGAAUUAUUUGGUCAUAUGAUAAUCCAUAUGAAAUAUAUACAUUUGAUGAUAAUCAUUCACUUGAGAUAUCAAAUGAAAAAUGUCAUUUUACAUCAUUUUGCCUAUGGUAUAGUUCACCUGUUUGGAUAUUCAAUGAUUCUUUAUCAACAAAAUAUUCUUUUAUGGGUGAAUUAAAUAAAUGGACAUUUAUUAGUCAACAAAGAUUUACUUCUUUAACAAUUGAUUCUCAAAAUACUCAUAUGACAAUCAUUGUUGAAGGUGUUGAUAAUGAAUUUGUAGAUUUAUUUGUUUAUCAUUCAAAAUUUCAAUCUGUUAUUCAUGUUAUUUGUCAUUUUUAUUUUAAUCAUCUAAAAGCUAAACUUAUUAUCAAUUCUACAAACGUUAUUUGUUCAUAA